GUCCUCUUGGCCUCCAUCUCUGCAACUCACUCUUUCCCUCCCUGCGCUCUUCUCUCUGCGAAAACAGAAAAAAAAAAAAAAAAUGGGCUGCGUCUCCUCGAAUCUGCUGAGCAACGAAGAAACCUUCACGCAGCUGGGUGGCUCAGCCUUGGGCGUCGGCCAUCACAUCGUCUCCCUCACCUCCACCACCUACGGCCUCCUCAACCUCGACCCACCUUCCUCCACCACCGCCACCUCUCGUCCCGCUCCGCCGCCUCGCUUGACUUUGGGCUCCGUCUUCCCCGCUUCUUUAACCGAUUCGCCCGCUCCAAACCCCACCGGCGACCGAUUCGGCACCGAUCCGCCCCAAGAAGUCAUCAAUUCCUGGGAACUAAUGUCCGGCCUCGACCCCGUCGAAAGCUUCCGCUUCUCUCCCCUUCCUCCUCCACCUCGAAAGGACCCAAUUGGGGAAACUAUUACCGCUUUCUCUAAGCCGCCGGCGCCUCCACCACAUCAGAAGGAAUCUCCGAGUUCGGGUUUGCUGGAGGGAUUCGAGGAGCUCUGCCCACCCAACGGGGAGAACAGGGUGGUGAUCUACACCACCAGCCUGAGAGGGAUCCGCAAGACGUUCGAGGCCUGCAGCGUCGUCCGGGCAGCAAUCGAAUCGUUCGGUGUCCAAAUCUGCGAGAGGGACGUCUCCAUGGAUCGCGGAUUCAAGGAGGAGCUGAAGGAACUGAUGAUGAUCAGAUCUGGUGACGGAUGCAGGAAAGGGAAAGGGGAAGGUGAAGAUUCCACCGCGGCCACCGCGACUGUGCUGCCGAGGGUGUUUGUGAGAGGAAGGUACUUGGGUGGGGUGGAGGAGGUGAUGAAGAUUGUGGAGGAAGGGCGGAUGGCGGAUUUGCUGCAGGGUGUUACCAGGAGUAAAGCCAUUGGCGGCAGCUGCGAAGGUUGUGGGAAUGUGAGGUUCUUGCCCUGUUUUUCCUGCAAUGGGAGCUGUAAAGUGGCGAUGGUGGUGAAGGAGAAGGAGAAGGAGGCUGAUGGUGGUGGUGGGGGAUUUGGUGCUGCGAGGUCGGUUGUGGUGAGGUGCCCUGACUGUAAUGAGAAUGGAUUGGUGCUAUGUCCCAUUUGCAGCUGAUUGCCUUGUUGUUGUUGUUGUUGUAGUAAUAUGUAGUACUAGAUAUAUAUGAUAAUGGUGAUAUGAAAAGUAAGUUAUCUCAACUUGCUUACUACUCUGCUGUAUGUGAUAUGAAUCUGAGGUGAACAAAGAUGAGUCCAUGAAUCGAUAUUUUUAGAGCAAACCCACCAUUUUGAUUGAGGUGUUGCUGCUUAGAUUGUUGACAGCAGAGAAGAAGAUUGGCGCCAAGUGAAAGUAGUUCAAAUAAAAGGGUCAGUGUUAGGUUGAGUGUUGUCGUUUUGGUUAAUUACUAGAUGGUCACUGAAGUCUGUCUUAUGUUUGUGUCGAGUCAAGUAGUGGAUCAGAAACUUGGGGAUUAAGGUUGUUAAGUUGUUAGCUGGGUUUAAGGGUCAUGGGGCAAGAUCAUGAGUUGUGGAUUAGCGAGAUUCCUGGCUGUGAUCUGUGUAUAUAUUGUUACCCUUUUCUUUGUUAAUAAAAUUGUCAGUUUGCC